AUGAUUAUUGAUGAAAACUCGAUUGAUAAUUUCCAAAAGUUUUUAGAUCGUUUCAGUUCGAAUAACACAAAAACGAGCGUAAUUCAUUUUGAAAUAAUCAAAGAGCGAUUUUUAAUUGAAACCGAUAUUGGAAAUUUAAAGCAUAAUGUGGAAUUAAAAUCUGCUGUUCAAGACGCGCUAUUAUACUUUGUUUCUGUCAAAAUCAUAAAUGGCGAUAAAUUGAAACAUAGUGUUAAAACUUAUGAACAAUUUGACUCGGAAAAGGAGAUUGUCACAAAGAAUUCAGAAAAUGGCAAGGGCGAAAAACCAUCAGUUAUCAAUGGGAAAUUUAGUCUUGAGUCGGACAAAAAAAGAGAGAUAAAUAGGUAUUACGAUUCUAAAACUUGUGAUGUCUCAACAAAAACGGGCUUAACCGUUGAACCUAGAAAUGAAAUAAACACUAAAAAUGGAUCGAACUCAUGUGCUAAGCGCAUUGACGUCGGAAUAUCUCUAAUGCAAUCGAGCUAUUCAUUAAUAUCUGAAGUUGAGACUCUUGAAUUUACAGAAAAGGAUAAGAGGUUUUUAAAAACGCCUGGUGGAAAGGUGCACCGGAUUGUUAGGAGACUUAAAUCAGGAAAUAAAUUUGAGAAAUCACCGAAUAAAAAAUCUUUUUUAAGUAAUAAUGUAGAAAUUGAUUUUAGCUCGAAAUAUUCGAAAGAAUUCAAUUUAUUAAAAAAUGUGGAUUUAUCUGUCGGAAUGAAAAUUGCUAGUAGUGGUGGUGGUGUUGAACAAUGUAUCCAUCCUGCUAUCGAUAGCGGAUCGCCAAUGCCAAAAAUCGAAUUUAAAGAAUUUCAAGUUUUGAAGAUCAAAAAAGCGUCACAAAUUAAUGAUAUAAAUAUGCUAUUUGCGGGUUUAGAAGUUGACAGAACCUUAUCAAAGGAGACGAGAGAAGUCACAGAAAAUUUCAACCUUUGUAAUGACUCAAAGAUGAACGCUAUACAUAGUGAAAUAAUCGUGGAAAAAGCUCAAUGUGAAUAUGAUAUUAAUUAUUUGAAACCGACAGUUAAGUUGAGCCAAGCUAUUGACGAAGCACUAGAAUCUAAUAUACCAAUCGAAAGUUUAAAUCGCGUUUUUGAAAAGUAUGGUCAUGUAAUUAGUACCAAAAUACUUUUUGGAGAUAAAUUGAGAAGUAGUGUUAAAUUUAACGAUGACCCACAUAUUCUAUAUGAUGACAUAACUCAAAAAUUUGAUAAGUUUUCCGAAAUAGAUGUAACAUCCUUAAAUAAAUUUGUUUGUUUUGAGCAUAUGCUAGAUAUGAACGAUGAACCUGUUGAGAUAAGUCGAAUUCCACAAUGGCUUGAAAAUGUAUCAAAAAAAUCUUUAGAUUGGCGCGUUAUUAGACGUGUUGUUGCUCCAUUAUAUAAAAUUCUUGAUAUUAAGCAACAACAAAAGAUCGAAAAUCUCUAUAAAAAAGAAGACCGAGUUUUGAUGAACAAUGAGACUCUGCUUAAUAAUAUAUCCAAAGGUUAUCAACGAAUCGUUUUCGAUGAGCCAUUGAAGAGUAACAAUUUUCAAAUAUACGGAAGUAUCGUGACUUCUGAUGGCGAAAAGUUGCCGGAAGUUGUGGAGUUUAGUUUGAAAUCGAAUUUUGGAUUUUCAGUAAGCUGGAAUGAAGAAACCGUGAAAGCAAAAUAUAAUAGAUCAUUUAAGCUGCAAUGGAUAUUAAUUGGCUGCCCAAGCGAAAUCGGCUAUUUUGACGCGAAAACCCGCGAUAUCUCUGUGAAAAAUGGUUUUACUGAAGUGAAACUAAUGCCAAAAGCAGCAGAGAAUAAUAAAAAUUACUCGAGGUUAUGGACCAUACAAAUUGAUAUCGGAACGAAACUUUCUCGACAUAAUUGUAAUACUUCAAUUGUUAUUGAAUAUGAUCCCAGGUUAAAUACAAAUUUCUUUAAAUCGGACUAUAAAAUCUCUGGAUCUGUUAUCGAGGUGCAAAUAACAAUCGAUGGUGAUAGGAAUAUUGAGUUUAUAAAAAGGGAUAAGCAAUACCUCGCAAAAAUUCGAUGGUGUGUGACAUUUCAAGGGGCGCAAUAUCGACAAGACAAUUCUUAUAAAAAUCCCAAUAAUGAAGACUUACUCGAGGAACAACAUAAUCAAAAUCAAAUGUCACUUUCGAACUUGAGGGCGUUUCACUUUCCGUGUCUUCCAAAAUAA